CUACCCACCACCACUACAAACACAUUCUCACCCGUGACCAUGAACGGUAUCAAGGCAGAUCCCGAUGUCAAGAUGGACCCAGAUGCAUCGACGCCAGGCGGCGGUUUCAUGGACGACGAGUUCUAUGAGGAUACUGGCGAGAUGAUCAUGAACAAAGAUGGCCCAGAGAAGGACAUAUGGCUUACGCGCAUCCCUCCGUGGUUGUAUGACGCAGUCGCCAAGUGGGACAACCUCGCGGAUGGCAACGAUACCGAUCAGAUACAAAUUGGCGAGAUUUACGGAUUUGCAACGACCAGCGGAAUCGACAAGACAAAGCCUAUGCGUGUCUUUCUCAAUGACCGCUGGCGCGCAAAGUCGGAGCUCCCCUCGGCCUUCCAAUUAGAUCCCGCACCGGCCACCGAUACACUGCUUGGAAAUACAUACGUCUUUACAGAGAAGGACCUGCCAGGUUUUCGGGGCCAGGGCUACGGUAGAGGGGCGCAGCAAGGAAGCUUUGGCGGUGUGCAAGAUCCCAAGGCGCGCGUCCAGAAGCGAAGCAAGUACAAGAAGGCCAUUCCUAAGCAGACUGCCCUCAUUGGCCAUGCAACACGGCAGUACAAUGCCAAUCCUUUGGAAACAAAGGAAUACAAGGACUUUAGCGCUGCGCGCAUCAAGCAAGCCAUUCAGGGCUUACACAUGACCACCAUCAUCACCAAAGACACCGAGGUUUCAGAUGUCAACAAUUCUAUUACGCUCAACAACCGGUUCAAGAACUUCAUUAGACCCAUGACUAAAGGAAAGUCGCAACAGAACAAGGCUGCUCGUAUGGCGAGAUCUGAUCUCAUCGAUUUCCUGCAUACUCUGUUCGACGAGUAUCAAUACUGGCCGAUGAAGGCUAUCAAGCAGCGUACCAAGCAGCCAGAACAGUAUCUCAAGGAAGUUCUCGGCGACAUUGCGCUCCUUGUCAAGUCUGGACCCUUUGCAAGCAACUGGAAGCGCCAAGCUGUUUUUGAAAACCAACGUGAUACCAGCAAGCAAGCCGAGGCUGCAGCGCCAGAAGGCCCUGGGGAUGGCGACUCGGAGGGCGAGGAUGAGAUGGAGGAUGUGGUCUAGAAGGCCUUACGCAUUACAUAGCGCAAUAUACGGAUGUGAUAACUAACUUUAGCGAUACCCAUUAAGUAGGCAGAGAGUGUACGCGUGGGUAAAGACAUGGUACUGAAUUAAAGACGAAAACUGUUUCUGCAUUUCCUCGCAACUGCUCAUUAGAAACUACAGGGCG